AUGGCUGAGGAAGUAAAGCAUUUGGAGCCUAAAUGCACGCACAUCAAAUACUUUGACAUUCAUCUGCCAACUAGUCCUGCCGAUACAAAGAUCGUUGCAAUCUCUGAUCUACAUGUUGGGCAAUUUGAAUCUACUGCUAACAAUACGCCAAAGAUGGUUGACAAGAUUCGAGAGCUUGUUGAAAAAGUCAAACCUACUGCUCUAUUCAUUCUAGGAGACAUUAUUCAUUUCAAAUUUUAUCGUAUUCCAACUUCAUGGUUAGAUUUUUACAGAUUACUUGAUACAAUUAACAUCCCCAUAUACGUGAUUCCAGGAAACCAUGACCGCUAUUUGCAUGAUUAUGUUAAAAACCAUUUUCAAGGUACAAAUGUACAUUUAUUGAACGUUGAAAUUAUGUGCGUGUAUGUAGAAGGAUAUCCGCAUCCUGUGAUAUUCGGUCACGACCUGAAAAACGAUAAAAAAGUUCAUGGUGACGAAAUUACUCAUGAAUGGAUUAGAAUGCUUCGAGAAACAUUCCAUGAUAUUAUCCCAGAUGAAUCUCUAAUGGUUCUCGGUCAUCUUCAUGAUUUUGUAAUAACUCGUGAUAAACAAAACGUUACUGUGUUGCCAUUCUCAUGCAGCCUUCACUGUUUCAUGUAUACAAUUCUUACUCCUGGCGAGAAUGGAAAGUUUGAGUAUGUUUGUAAAUUUCUUAAGGAGUAA